GUGUGGAAUUGGGCCAAGGAGAAACAGUUUCCAUGUGGCAGCGGGUGUACGUGAAAGGAGCCCUCGGAUGAGCAUGAUUUGAACCAGAUGGCUAUUGGGAAAAAUUUGCUAUGCAUAUGUAGAUUGUGGGGAAAGUAUCGAGUGGUGAUGGCUUCUUUUUUGUGGCAAUUUUCUUCUCUGAGUAUCUUUAGAUGGCUAGAUAAAAUGUAAAAGGAAACACGUCCUCUGAAGCAUUCACUUCCUCAUGUCAAUCAAGCUGCAGUAAUGCCUUCAAACUGUAAAACCAUGCUCAGUGCAGAGCCCUAAGAGGUAACAGAAAAUGUAAGGACAUAAAAUAAAAACAGCAGGGCUUGGCUUAACGGUUCUUGUUUCAACCCAUGGAAAAGCCCCGAUGCAAAUUUCUUCCACCUCCAGGAACCUUGUGUUGCUGGUUCCGGGACUGCGAGCGGGGCGAACCCUUCAAGUCCUACGGCUUCCGGUAGGGCUGGCACAGAGAGGGGGAGAAGGUGACCCUGCUAAGAGGAGGAGCUCUGCAAUCGCUGCUUGGUUGCAAACUAUGCCUGGGCUGCGGGGAAGUGGUGCUCUCGUCUCAUUUGCGGCUAGAUCCUUCGAUCGGCUCGUUUUUCCCCAGGUUGCAGUCCUGUACGUACUUACGCCCCAUUGAACUCAGUGGGGACUUAACUUCCUAACAAGCAUGCAUAGGAUUGCACGGUUGAUCUGGAAAAAACGACUACUCCCGAGUUCGUACGGGUAUCCGUUGAAUCAGAUAAGGUGCUGUUCAGCUGCUUCAACAUCUUCAGCCCAACCGGUAAUUGCAGCCAAACAUCCUUUUCAGGUGGACUUAGCAGCAGGGAAGCGUUAUGCGUGGUGUGCCUGUGGCCACAGCCAAAAACAGCCUUUCUGUGAUGGAUCCCAUAAAAAAGGUGCCCCGGAAAUCACUCCCCUGAGAUUUAAACUGGAGGAACCAAAAGAGGCUUGGCUGUGUGGCUGCAAAUACACCAAGAACCCUCCAUACUGCGAUGGCACUCACAAGGAAGACUUUGUGCAAAAAGCUGAUCUCCAUUCUCAUCCACAGUUGUGAUGAAAGGAGAAUGAGAGACCUUUGCGGGACUUAAUGUAUGGAAAUCAGCAGGAGAAAUACCUUGGACACGAUGCACUAGAACGCUGCCCCAUGCAAGCCGCAUUGCAGUGAAUUAAAGCUGUGCAAGGGCAGUGGAUCCUAGUGCAUUGUGCCCCUGGUGUCUUGAUAAACACUGUGAGCCCUGUGAAACAUGAGUGAGCAUAGAGCAUCCACACAUGGAAAGGGGAGAAAGAAUUUUGCUGCUUUCCAAGACUUCUACACUUUUGUUUACUUCAUACCAUCCCCUUGAAUUAAAACACACUGGAAACACUCUUCUUAUAUGAAUUGCCUGCUUCUGGUAGGCCCGCAGCUCAAACACUACUUUGUGGCCUGUAGGUUGCAUUAGUUACUUUGCUACUGCUGACCAUAUAAUGUAAUAACGUCUGUGUUUAGGCUCUGCAGAAAACAAAGAAGAGUUAUGUGGACCCUGCCACAGAUGGUUAUAUUAGAGGAGCAAGACAGGGACUUGAGGAAGAAGGUUAAGGAUUGGCAAAUUGAUAUGGGAGGAGAGAAGGAGCCAACUAGCAGUAGAACAGAAAUGGUGACGCUAGGGUGGUGAGAAUGAGAUCAAGUGAACUGGCUGAAUGCCUACCAGGAAGCAGGCAAACCCUAUUGGAGCUACGAUAGGCAAGUGUCAUAGCUGAAAUGUCUGCUAGAAGAUUCUCUUUCAUCCCAAGCAACAGCUUAAGAUUCUCAAGCAGCAACCAGUGUGUGUAUGUGUCACAUAGGUACAAAAUGUAGAUAAAAUGCAAAGUUUUGCAAGGCCUUUAGUACAGCAAGAGGCAGCAAGCAGUAACUUUGUGUACUUUGUAAAAAAAAUUAAGUCAGCAUUCUGGGCCAAAGUAAGCAAAAUCCUGUGGCCUGAAUUAUUUUGCACAUUAAACUAAUCUGAUUUUUAAAA